AUGGCGUCUCCAGCACGCCCGAAAGCGAAACCGCUUGGUAAAGCCCCGGCGUCGCCAGCAAAGAGUGCCACACAGAAGGUCCCCCAGGCCAAACCUACGCCCCCGAAGCUCAAAGAGCAGAGGCAGAAACAAGUCCCCGAGGUCAAGAAGCCUGCCACAGAUGCAUCCGGAUCGGGCUCUGAGCUGAGUUCACUUCCCAGCCGCGGGAAGGAAGCAGCUGCGUCUCCGGCUGGACGUCUCGCAAAGGGAGUCAAAGACAAAGCGGGUGCUGCGAAAGAUCAGCAGCCACAAGACAGUGUCAAGGCUGCCAAAGGCGCGACGGAUAAGGUGGACCUACCUCAAACCGACGAGAUCCCGAACGAGCAGAAGGCUCAAGAUACUGUUCAAACAGCCAAAGACAAGGCACCUACCGACGAUGUGCCAAAGCCCGACGACGUGCCCGAGGCCGGCGAUGUUCCGGAAGCGCCGGAUAUCUCGGACAAUCUUCCAUUAGAUCUCUCCAGCCUGGACGGGCUUGAAGUUGGAGAAGGUGGAAAGAUCCUGGAUAGCGAGGGAAACCCCAUUGGUGAAGUUGUUGAAGGCGACCCAGAAGACCUCGUCGGCCAGACCGUUAACGAUAAUGGCGAGAUCGUGGACGAGGAUGGGGAUUUGAUCGGCCGAGUUGAUCUCAUUCAGCAACAGGCAGAAGAACUCAAAGAUCAGGGGCAAGAGGCCGUAGAUCAAUCGCCAGAGCUGCCAGAGGAAGGGGACGAAGUGCCCGACGAGCUGGAAGAGCAAGCUGAGCCCGGAGAAGGGGUGUCUCUCGAUGUAGACGAGGCCCCUGAUUUGGAACCAGAACUGCCCGACAUCUCCACGCUGGAAGGGCUGACAUGCAACAAACUCGGCAGCAUUGUCACGGAAGACGGCACCCCUGUAGGCGAGCUCGUCGAAGGCGACCCCAAGAAGCUUUCAAAGGGAGGGUUCCAACUUGACAGCCAAGGUCAAUUCUGGGACAACCAAGGAAAUGUCAUCGGCAAGGCCCAACCGAUAGAGCUUGAAGAAGAAAAACCCGGGUUGUUUGCGGAGGUAGGAGACAUCUUCGUGGCAGAGGAUGGUUGGAUCCAAGACGAGAACGGGAGAAAGGUGGGCAAGCUGGUCGAAGGAGACCCAAAACGACUGGUUGGAUACGCGGUCGAUGAUGAUGGCGAUAUCCUGGAUAAACGAGGCAACACCCUCGGACGCGCAGAGCCCUGGGAAGAGCCAGAGGUUGAGCCAGAAGAGGUGGACUUCUCGUCUGUGGAAGGCCUGAAGCCAAACAAGCAUGGGAAUGUAAUGGGCCCUGACAUGGUACCGAUUGCGCGUGUCGUCGAGGGCGACCUGAAGGAGGUUGCUGGUCGGGGCAUCAACAAGAGCGGCCAGAUUCUUAAUGAUGAUGGAGAGGUCAUUGGGCAGGUGCAGCUCAUCCCCGAGGGCGAGCGAGAAUCCAUGGGUCCGUUCAGUGGCCUGGGAGAGCUGUCUGUCAAGGAGUCUGGAUACAUUGAGGACGCUGACGGCGAAGUGGUUGGUAAGGUUGUGGAAGGAGAUCCCAAGAGUCUGCGAGGCCACACUGUCGAUAUCUCUGGUGAGAUCCUGGAUCAGUAUGGAAACGUCAACGGCCGUGCAGAACGGUACGAGGUCCCUGAGGAGGAAGAAGAGGAGGAGGACCUGUCUGCUCUUGAAGGAGGCACGGUCAACAAGCUGGGCAAUGUUGUCGACGAGCACGGUACCAUCCUGGGCAGGAUUGUUGCUGGAAAUCCGAAGAAGAUGGCAGGCAAGAAGGUCGAUGGAAACGGCCAGGUCUGGAGCGACAACGGCAAAGUCAUCGGACAGGCGGAGCUGAUCCCAGAGGACGAGCGUGAAAAGCCAGAGGGGAUCUUUUUUGGCCUGGAUGGACUGACAGUCGGCAAGGAUGGCCUGGUCAUGGACCCUUCAGGCGAGGUCGUGGGCAGGCUGACCGAAGGCGACCACCAACGACUCAUGGGACGCGCAGUUGACGAGGAUGGAGAGAUCAUUGACAAGACUGGCAAUGUUAUCGGCCGGGCAGAGCGAUACACCCCAGAGGAGGAGCCGGAGCCAGAGCUGUCCCCUGAAGAACUAGAGAAGCAGCAGAAGGAGAAGGAGGACGCAGAACUGGCCAAGAAGAUGUGCACCAUCGUGCAGCAGACAAUCGACUCUGUUGGGCCAAUUUGCAAGGAGAUAACCCAGCGUACUGAAAAAGCCAGCCGCACACCAAAAGAGGAGCUGGACGAGGAGCAGCUCGUAAAAGACGUGAAGCCUUUAAUUGAGAAAGCAGGAAACGAGCUGCAAGAAUGCAAGGGCUCUCUCAGGGCACUCGACCCGGACGGCCAUAUUGCAGCUGCUGCAAAGGCUCGCAGCGCCUCGCACGAAGCCACGCCGGAAGAAUAUCAACUCGCAGACUUGCUCAAGGAGCUAACGCAGACCAUUGUCGAGACCAUUGAAAACGGCCGGCAGUACAUCAGUGACAUGCCACAUGCAAAGAAGAAGCUCAAUCCCCUGUGGGCACUGCUAUCAGAGCCCCUGUUCCAGAUCAUUGCUGCCGUUGGGCUCUUGCUCAGUGGAGUACUCGGUCUCGUCGGUAAACUGCUUGACGGUCUUGGACUUGGAGGGCUUUUCAAGGGACUGCUGGGCGGACUGGGACUGGACAAGCUCAUCGAUGGCCUUGGACUUGGUUCGGUGACUGGAGCGCUGGGGUUUGAGGGUAAGAAGUAG